AUGACGACUUCAGCACUGCGUCGGCAGGUGAAGAACAUCGUACACAACUACUCAGAGGCCGAAAUCAAGGUGCGUGAGGCCACCUCCAAUGACCCCUGGGGUCCGUCUAGUUCUCUGAUGUCGGAGAUCGCCGACUUGACCUUCAGUGUGGUGGCCUUCUCGGAGGUCAUGAGCAUGGUCUGGAAACGCCUCAACGACCACGGCAAGAACUGGAGACAUGUCUACAAGGCCCUCACAUUACUGGACUACCUGGCGAAGACAGGAUCUGAGCGCGUCGCCCAGCAGUGUCGGGAGAACGCCUUCACCAUCCAAACACUUCGAGACUUCCAGUACGUGGACAGAGACGGGAGAGAUCAGGGACUCAACGUACGGGAGAAGGCCAGACAGCUAGCUGCACUGCUCAGGGAUGAGGAGCGGUUGAAGCAGGAGAGAGCCCAGGCCCUGAAGACAAAAGAGCGCAUGGCAGGGGGAGGCAGUGGUGGCAUGGGCGCGGUACCUCCAGCCUACCCCGGCAGGCGGAGCAGCCAGCCCAGUAUGGCGGCACUCUACGGGGAGGAGUUCAGCCGAUCCAGAGGCUCACCCUCAUCAUUCAACUCGUCCUCCUCUUCUCCGCGGGCGUCUGAUCUGGAGCAGACGCGUCCCCAGACCAGCGGGGAGGAGGAGCUGCAGCUUCAGCUAGCGUUGGCUAUGAGCCGGCAGGAGAGCCACAAGCCAGGCCCUAUACCUGUUGUUGCUACGGCAACAGAUGAUGACGUGAUGCUUCAGAUUGCUCUGAGUUUGAGUAAGGAGGAACACAACCAGGAACAGCGCAACCGCCAGGGAGAUGAGAUGGUCCUUCAGAAAGCACCGGAAAAAAACAGAAGAGGCAGCGAACCAGUAACAGGCGAGUCGGCCAUGCGUGACCUGGUGGACAUAUUUGGACCGGUGACUGAGGCCCCAGAGGCGCCCCCUAGUGAGGAUCCCUGGGACACGCAGCCCUCAUGCCCCCUCAACUCAGACCCCUGGGAGUCUGUAGCGGUGGUCAACUCCAGCACUCCAGUGAUGGGAAGCCCCUGGAGUGCCCGCCCCUCAUCCAGUAGCCCCUCCCACCCCUGGGGUCGCAAACAAUCAGCCUCCGACCCUUGGGAAGCAGCGCCCACGGAAAGCAGCCCCAAGGCUGUCAAUCACGCAUGGAGAAGCCCGACUAAGAACGGUGAUCCGUUCUCUGUACAGGAAGAGGAGGAGCCUAAGGAGGAAGUGGAAGGAUUUAAAGAGGAAGAGGAGGGGCUUCCAAACCUCUUCAGCCCUCGUGCUGUUAGUCCAGCAGGCUCCUGUGCCACUUCGCCGAUCCUGAUUAGUCAGUCGGGACACGCCUCUCCCCGCCCAUGUCGCACCCCUGAGGCCUUCCUGGGCGCCACUGCUGCCUCAUUGGUCAACCUGGAAACCCUCAUACCCGCCAACCCGCCCACAACCAGCAACAACCCCUUCCUGGCCGCUCUCAGCACUCCUUCCCCCACCAAUCCCUUCCACUGUGGUGAGCCGCGUCUCACCCUGAACCAGCUUCGACCCGGCUCCACCUCGCCUCUACCUCCCCCCACACCCUCCUCUUCCUCCGCCCUGCCCUACAGCGCCUCUUUGCCCCUGCCUGUGCCCCGCCACGCGGCCGCUGCCCCCACCCUGCCCUCCUCCUACACCCAGUUGCCCCCUCAGGGGCAGGGCGGCCUCCUGGACCUGCCCUCUAACCUGCCCCAGCCUCUGUUGCCCCUCUCCACCUCCCCUGCCCCUCUGCACAGUCAGCAGCCACAACACCUGCACCAUCACCAUCACCAACAACAGCAGCAGCAAUUCCAUCACCAGCAACAGCAACAACAACAGCAGCAGCAGCAGCAGCAGCAUCCAUUCCAUCACCAACAGCAACCGCAUCAGCAGCAGCAUCAGCAUCAGCAUCAGCAUCACUACCAGCAGCAUCCGCAUCAGCACCAGUACCAGGUGCCGCUACACCACCAGCGCUACUCCCCCCAGCCUCGCCAUGUCCUGCAGCCCCAGAGCCACAGCCACAAUCCCUUCCUGUGA